AUUGGCCGGCGCCCUAGUUCCUGCGCUCUGAGAAGGUUCCAGAACCCGGCCGGGCUUUAUAUACCGCGCUCGAGGGCGCGGACCUUUACUCACGUUGCGAAUCGUCACACGAGGAACUUCUUCGCUGUCCUACGUACCUGCUCGCGGAAGCAAGUGAACCUUUUUAACGAAGCGCGGAAAGCUCUUGAGAGAAUCGAAAGAAAGAAAAAAUGGCGAAAGCACCCGCGGUUGGUAUCGAUCUUGGCACGACCUACUCCUGCGUCGGAGUCUUCCAGCACGGCAAGGUCGAGAUCAUCGCCAACGAUCAGGGGAACCGCACGACGCCCAGCUAUGUGGCCUUCACGGAAACCGAGCGCCUCAUCGGGGACGCCGCCAAGAAUCAAGUUGCCAUGAAUCCCAACAACACCAUUUUCGAUGCCAAGAGACUGAUUGGACGUCGCUUUGAGGACCCAACCAUUCAGGCCGACAUGAAACACUGGCCCUUCACCGUAGUAAACGACGGUGGCAAGCCAAAAAUCCAAGUACAGUAUAAAGGAGAGACGAAGACUUUCUUCCCUGAAGAAGUGAGUUCGAUGGUUCUGGUAAAGAUGAAGGAGACUGCAGAGGCAUACCUGGGCAAGACUGUUACCAAUGCCGUGAUCACCGUCCCCGCUUACUUCAACGACUCGCAGCGUCAGGCAACCAAGGAUGCUGGUACCAUCUCGGGCUUGAACGUCCUACGUAUCAUCAACGAGCCCACCGCCGCCGCCAUCGCCUACGGCCUCGACAAGAAGGCCACCGGCGAGCGAAACGUCCUCAUCUUUGACCUCGGUGGAGGCACCUUCGACGUCUCGAUCCUCACCAUCGAGGACGGCAUCUUCGAGGUCAAGUCAACAGCCGGCGACACUCACCUGGGCGGUGAGGACUUCGACAACCGCAUGGUCAAUCACUUCGUCCAAGAGUUCAAGCGCAAGUACAAGAAGGACCUGACGUCGAACAAGCGCGCCCUACGUCGCUUGCGCACAGCCUGCGAGCGGGCCAAGCGCACCCUGUCCUCGUCCACGCAGGCCAGCAUCGAGAUCGACUCGCUGUACGAGGGCAUCGACUUCUACACCUCCAUCACCCGGGCUCGCUUCGAGGAGCUCUGCGCCGACCUCUUCCGCGGGACCCUCGAGCCCGUCGAGAAGUCCCUGCGCGAUGCCAAGAUGGACAAGGCUCAAAUCCACGAUAUUGUCCUUGUCGGCGGCUCCACGCGCAUCCCCAAGAUCCAGAAGCUUCUGCAGGACUUCUUCAACGGCAAGGAGCUCAACAAGUCCAUCAAUCCCGACGAGGCUGUCGCGUACGGCGCGGCCGUUCAAGCGGCUAUCUUGCACGGCGACAAGUCCGAGGAGGUUCAGGACCUCCUCCUGCUCGACGUCACUCCGCUCUCUUUAGGUAUCGAGACUGCUGGCGGUGUCAUGACCGCGCUCAUCAAGAGGAACACCACCAUCCCGACGAAGCAGACCCAGACCUUCACGACCUACGCCGACAACCAGCCAGGUGUGUUGAUUCAGGUGUACGAGGGCGAGCGCGCCAUGACCAAGGACAACAAUCUGCUGGGCAAGUUCGAGCUCAGCGGCAUCCCCCCGGCGCCCCGCGGGGUCCCCCAGAUCGAGGUGACCUUCGACAUCGACGCCAACGGUAUCCUCAAUGUCUCCGCCGUGGACAAAUCCACCGGCAAGGAGAACAAGAUCACCAUCACCAACGACAAGGGUCGACUGAGCAAGGAGGACAUCGAGAGGAUGGUCAAUGAGGCGGAGAAGUACCGCAGCGAGGACGAGAAGCAGAAGGAGACGAUCUCGGCCAAGAACGGCCUCGAGUCCUAUUGCUUCAACAUGAAGAGCACGGUCGAAGACGAGAAGCUCAAGGACAAGAUCAGCGCGUCGGACAAGCAGACGAUCCUGGACAAGUGCAACGAGAUCAUCAAAUGGCUGGACGCCAACCAGCUCGCUGACAAGGAAGAGUACGAGCACAAGCAGAAGGAGCUGGAGGGAAUCUGCAACCCGAUCGUCACCAAGCUCUACCAGGGCGCUGGAGGCAUGCCUGGGGGCAUGCCAGGUGGUAUGCCAGGUGGUUUCCCUGGAGCAGGUGGCGCCGCUGCUGGUGGAGCGGCCGGUGGAGGCGGCGCAUCCGGACCCACCAUCGAGGAAGUCGACUAAGGGAGUCGUGUCCUACCUUCUCGACCUGCUACUGCCCAUCGUCAUCGAUUACCGCAUCGCUAUGCGCAAUUAAACGAAUAAACGAACAUAGAACAAUUACACACAGCCGCGGUCUUCGCUCUUAAUCAUUCCGUUUUUAUGUCUGUACGUUCCUUUAGCACCGUUUUUUCUUAGAGUUCCUUUCUUUUAUACUUUCUCUUGGGUCCAUAUAAGAUAAGAGUGCCUCUAAAAGUGGUAUAAGCCUUCUGAUUGGCUACAGGUCACUUUUAAAGGACCUUUCAUUGAUCAAAGAGGAUUCAGAAUAUGGACCUUGGAAGCAAAUGCGUGUAUGCUUGAUUUAGUUAUUUAUUUUACUCGCGUAUUUUGCGUACUUAUCGUUUAUUCCGAUCAAGAGAUCUGCGUUUGUUAAUCUUCUAUGUUCCAAACUUCGUAAAUAUAUAGAGCGAUUGCCCGAAAA